GGCUUUUGGAAAGUGUGCUAGUCUUUAGAUUUGUUAUCCAAUUUUUCAGGAGCUUCUUUCUGCAGAAUGAAGAUCUUUUACUAUCUCCUCCAUUUUCUGUGUUAUGUGACUUUCAUCCUACCAGCCACAUGUACCUUGAUAGAUCCUGAUCAGUGCUCAAACAAAUUUGGUCACUGUAGAAGACGCUGCUUUAGAGGUGAAAAGCGAAUUGAUAUAUGUUUUUUACCAAAUAAAAUUUGCUGCAUUGAGAGGUUAUAUGAUGAAGACUAAUCUUGAAAAGGAAGAUGUACCUGUGACCAAAGGAGUUUGUACACCAGUGCAGAGAGAUCUAGUGAACCUAGUGAUGAUAUCUCCUUUCAACAUCUUGUACCAGAAAAGGCAUCAUACACCCAUUGGAGAUUUAAGUGAUGUGUACCUGACAAAAACAAACAAAUAAAAAACUAUAAUUAAUUCAAGUACAAUGUCUGAGUUUGAGGCAAGGAUAGCCAAAGUCUGUACUUCUGCAGGAUCAACACUCAGAUAUGAGGAUCAAAUUCAAGAAUUUGAAAAGAGAAGAAAGAAAUGGAUAAAGAGCUCCAGGCACAUGAAUGAAUUGUAAAAAUUGAAUGCAAUAAGAAAUAAGACAAAAUUAUUCAUGAUUUGCAUUAAAAAUCUUGAGGAAAGGGUUUUUGGAGGAUGGUGGCAGCAACAUAGUUGUUUAAAAUAGAAUGACUAGAUAGUAAUCCCAAAACUCCUAGAAAAAUACACAACAACCUAGUAGGAUACCCCCAUGUACCUUAUCAUGUAAACUGGUGGAGGAAAAAAUAUAGCAACAACUUAAAGGCCUUUGUGGAAUCUAUAUUUGUGUGAGAGAAAUCAGAUGGAAGAAAAACCAAUAGUCUUUUGAUGCAUCUGAGAAAACAACCAGAUGUCUUUCCCAGCAUUUGUUGGGAAAGACAGCAAACCAGUUUGAUUACAGCACUAUAACUGCUUCUUUCUUGGAACUACCUCCAGGUUUUAAGUAAACUGUGAAGGUUUGAGAAUAAUUAUAUUCUUUUACUUUGUGUAUCCUGAAACCUAUAAUAGGCUGUUGGCCAUAUUAUGUAUUAAUUAAUAAAUAUUAGAAAAUAAUAAGACAUUUAACCUAGACAAUCCAACUUAUUUCUUAUCUGUCUUAAGCAGACAGCAUUUUAUUUUCAAUUUUAUUGUUUUGAAUUUUAUUUCUGGAAAACACAGAGUUAAGGAGGAAGGAAUUUCAGGUUGUUAUCCUAGGAGAUUUGCUUAUUGAUUCAUGUAAUCUUGGACAAGUUAGUAAACUAGCUCUCAGUUUGCUCAUCUAUAAAUGAUAAUAAUAAUAUAAGUAAAUAAAUACAAAAUUAUAGGUACUGUCUAUGUCAUUAAUUCCCAAUGGGAAUUUCAAGUUUUAUCCAGAUAUCUUCCAACCAUUUAAGGUGGUCCUUAGAUGCAGUUUAUAGAAACAUAUUAAAAUAUUUCUUUUAAUUUCUAUCAUUCUGAUACACCUAAGAGUUUUCCUCUACAUGGUGGUAAAAAUGGAUAUGAUAAAAAAAAUAAUCAUACUCUUGACGCCAAAUGAUGUGCUGGGAACAGAAAGUGAGGAUAUGACUUGCAUUCUUGCAUGCCGGGGAUUACCCAAAGUUUUGCUUUUGGGUAACUGAAAAAAUACAGUUACCAUUAAAUGAGUUGGGAAAAUGUGGGAGGUGUAAGUUUGGUGAGAGUGUACAUAUUAGAAGCUCAGUUUGGGCACAUUUGGCUAGGUAUUUAGUUGGAAAGAUUGAUUAGUCAUUUGGGUGUUUGUUUAGUGUUAAAGAGAGAGGGUUCAGGCUAGAGAUAAAAACUUGGAAUCAUCAACUUCCAGAUGCCAUUUAAUAUUGACAGAAAUCACCUUGUAAAAAAAUAGAGAUAAAAUUUCCUGGAGUAAUCUUUAUGUUCCUGGGGAUGUCAAAAUCCAAAGAUUGAUGAGAUGAGAAACCAGUGUAAAAGACUAAGAAAAGACAAGAAAGGAGAAAACUAGGUAAUAUGGUGUCCUAACAUGCCUCUCAGAAGA